UGCGCCACUGCUAGUUCACGAGAAAAAUUGGUCGAGUUCGGACGUGUGGGUUUUGUGUCGCUCCGUUUGGCACGGUUCUAACACGAUUCUAGCGGUGACGGCGGUGGCAGCAGCAGCUACGGGCUAGCAACACACCCAUACCGUGCACAAGUACCACGCGCAAGCACGCACCUAACCACACCAGCUGCCGAACUGCGGAAACAAUACUUUCUCGGAAAACUCGCGGAAACACGCACGGAUACGCACCAGCCAGUCCUCCAAAAACCCGCAAUCAAAAGCAGAGUAAAAAGAAUGGAUUUUUCGUUUUAAAAAAUUUCGUCUAAAAAACCCACCCGUUUGUGUUUGUGCGUGUCUUUUUUUUUUGCGUGGAAAAAGCCUACUGAGAUGCGUGUGAGUGUUCAGUUAAAAUAGUAAAAUAGUUCAGUGGUUUUUUUUUUUGUUUUGUUUUCCAAUCUCUUCAUCAAAAGCAACAAGAAAAAAGCUCGAAAGCUCAAAGGAAGCGCGACACACAACCGGAAGUGUGCAAACACCCACACAACCCAAUAUACGCGCGAAAGUGUUUCCAUUGUGCGUCGUACAUGUGCACACGCACUGUGAGGGUGAAUUAAGUUCGCAACAACAACAACAACACAGUGAAAAAAACCCUUCACACACAUACACACACGAGCGGGUACGCAGUCCAUUGUGUGUUGUGAGUUUUCCACCACAUCAGUCCGUGGAAGAAGAAGGGAAAACGUUACGCGUUCCGCAUUUCCCAAGUUUCCCCGCCUGCCCUUGCCUACCGUUCAACGGGCUGCCCAUUUUCCGGGGUUUUCACGCACCGUUUUUCACCAUUAGUCAUCGAGCCAGCUCAUUGUUUACGGCGCGAGUGUUCCGCGGAAGUGGGUGUGUGUGUGUGCGCGUGUGUUUGUAGCUGCUUUUUCUUGUAACGAGUGACGAGAAGGCUCUUUGGCCAGCUCCCCAAACAACUGUACCGAGCGUGCGGAGGAGUACCGGAGGAGUUCGUCGGGUUAUGCGCAACGGCUGAAUGGCGGCUGUCGGUGGCCCUGCCAGGCAAUCACGGGGGGUCUCCAUGAGUGUCUCGAUGUCGCUGGUACAAGGAGGAGCUGCCGGUGCGCCGCAGGGCGCCAUCCUGGCCGCGGCCGCACCCUACUUCCAACCGCCGGCCGUCCCACAGGAUGUCCAGCCGGACCGACCGAUCGGUUACGGUGCAUUCGGUGUCGUAUGGGCUGUCACCGAUCCGCGUGAUGGACGCCGGGUCGCACUCAAGAAGCUGCCCAACGUUUUCCAGUCGCUCGUGUCCUCGAAGCGUGUUUUCCGGGAGCUCAAGAUGCUCUGCUUCUUCAAGCACGAAAAUGUACUAUCUGCAUUGGACAUCCUGCAACCGCCACAUUUGGAUUUCUUCCAGGAAAUCUACGUGAUUACGGAACUGCUUCAGUCAGAUCUGCACAAAAUCAUCGUUUCACCGCAGCACCUUUCCGCUGACCACAUCAAAGUGUUCCUGUACCAAAUCCUGCGCGGCCUGAAGUAUCUCCACUCGGCACGCAUCCUUCACCGGGACAUCAAGCCCGGCAACCUGCUGGUAAACAGUAACUGUGUUCUGAAGAUUUGUGAUUUUGGGCUGGCGCGCGUCGAGGAACCGGAUCAAUCGAAGCACAUGACGCAGGAAGUCGUCACGCAGUACUACCGUGCGCCGGAGAUUCUGAUGGGCGCCCGCCAUUACUCGGCCGCCGUCGAUGUUUGGUCGGUCGGUUGCAUUUUCGGUGAGCUGCUCGGGCGGCGCAUUCUCUUCCAGGCACAAAGUCCUGUACAGCAGCUUGAACUGAUCACCGAACUGCUCGGUACGCCAUCGCUGGAGGAUAUGCGGCAUGCUUGCGAGGGCGCCAGAAGCCACAUGCUGCGGAGGGCACCGAAGCCUCGGUCACUGACCGCACUGUACACGUUGAGCACCCAUGCCACACACGAAGCCGUACAUCUGCUCUGCCAAAUGCUCGUCUUCGAUCCGGACAAAAGAAUAUCCGUAAUCGAUGCGCUAGCACAUCCGUACGUCGACGAGGGUCGGCUUCGUUACCAUUCCUGCAUGUGUAAGUGCUGUUACACCACAUCCGCCGGCAUGCGUCAGUAUACUGGUGAGUUUGAGCCAUCGGCAACUCAAGCAUUUGACGACCUAUGGGAACGCAAGCUAACCUCAGUGCAGCAAGUGAAAGAGGAAAUGCACAAAUUCAUUGCCGAACAGCUACAAACGGGCCGUGUGCCACUCUGUAUAAAUCCCCAAAGCGCUGCAUUCAAAUCGUUCGCUAGCUCCACCGUAGCCCAUCCAUCAGAACUGCCACCAUCGCCGCACCAAUGGGAAUGACAUAAUGAAGCAAUGGCCGCAUAAAGCAAUGGAACGCUGUGAGAAUGCAACCAAAUCAACGAAUCGGCUCCUGUAGAAGAAAUUAAUGUGUGUGGGUGUGCGUGCGGAAAAUUGAUCCCCCACGCUAGGCCAUCAUAUCUCUCGGUUUGAUCGGUGUAUCCCUGUGCUUGCGUAGCGAUGGUUGCUAGAACGAACCAAACCAACUAAACUAUAUGAUCACGCCACAAAGAAAGGGGACAGUAUUUUUAUUAGAAUGCAAGUACUGACGUACAGGAAGAAACUAAUCGAAAAUGGAAAGCAACAUCUGGGAACAAGAUAGAUAUUAGAGUGAAGUGGGAUUAGAGAAGAGAUAAGAUCAAUGGUAAGAAGGUACGUCCGAUAGAUGAUGUAUGCCAGCUUCUCUUGGAUGACCAUCAUCCACCAUUCGAUACGCCGAACUAGCUUUCACAUUUCUUGACUUACAUAUUAUACAAAAUACUUUCAAAUUAUUUUUUUUUUAUACAAAACUCAAACGAUCGCGAUCGAGAGUUGAAUUUCCCAAACCCAAAACCCAGUUAUGAACGUUCGCGAGCGGGACAAACGCCCGGUUUGUCGCAUAAGGCAUACGAGGCGAGCCAUGAUGAUUGACCACACAAGCAGCUACAGCAGGCACACAACUAAACCAACACAUGUACAUAGAAGUCUGACGGUGGUAAAUCUGUAUCCGAUUGAUUUCAGUUUAGGAAAUUUGCGACUCCCGUUUCUUACGUUUUGUUCUUUAUCGGCGCGUUAUUUUUUGAAUGCAAACUAAACUACAUUUUAAGUUCCGAUAGAGUUUAAAAGGGACAUCCGUUUCAUCGAAAGAGAAUGUAAGACGCGCAGAAAGGGCAGGAAAAAAAGGAACAGUAAAGGAACGAUCGUUCGAUCGCUCGAUCGUAUCGAAUCAGUGGAAGGUAUUCGAUGCAAAAUGUUUGAAUGUUCGCAAAGCAAAGGAACCAUUCAUCCUGGAAUGGGGCGAGUGGCGAAUCAAAUCUUUCAAUAAGAUCUCAUUAUUAGUGGUUCGGUUAAACUUUUCUUUUGUCGUUUCAAUUACUUUUUAGAAUAUUUUUUGCGUUAGGGAGCAGCAGUUACACAGAAGGAGAAGAACAAUGUUUGCUCUUAAAUGCCGCUCCAACCACGAAACAGCAUCCGGUUCCGGUAGAGUGAGCAAACACACAAGUGAUAAGAAAACAACGGUUUUAAGUAGUCGAUUAUGGAAAUGGGCAGCAGCUUACACACACACACACACUCACAAUCCACCACACAGCAACACUUUAGUUUUGCGUAAUUUUCAGUUCGAGGUUUUAGCAUUGUAGCAUUUAAACAGCUCUACAAAAAUGUGCGUUGGAAUGUUUCGAUUCAAAACCCGUUAAAGAAAGUUUUUUUUUUUUCUUCUUUUCUAAUAAUGACAAUUUUCGUAUAAAAAAAAAAUGUAUGUACAGCUUUUGCUUUACCAGAAUUCAUCAACGAUCCCCAUUUGUACAGGAUGAUAGCAAUCCGGUAUCAUUGAUACAAUUAAAACCUAGUAGCGCUUUGAAACAACAAGAGGGUGGGCUAGCUGAAUUGAGAGUUGAAGAAGGAUUAAAGCAAAGCGCAAAACUCUAGCAAACGUGUUCAACGUGUUAACGUGUUUAAGGUUAAGUAAAAGCAAUAACAUUCUUGAUGGGGGGGGGGCGGGAACUAAAGAAAGGCAAAUCCAGCUCGAUGUCCGAGAAUGACAGACGCGUGGACGUUUUGAAGGGCAGUGCUGACAUUUUAACAUUCAAACCCAUAAACUUGCUGCCGUUGUUUAUGAGUUUCUGUGUUUAGUAAAAUAUACAAUUCAAGAACGUUUUCAUUUUUCAAACUAUGCGAACCCAAUAAUCGUACCGACCUCGGUUCGAUCCUGUCGCGAGGAUGGGGUGAUUUUUUUUUUAUUUCAAGAAGGUCGAGCGGCAUGCUCAUCCCUCAUCUACAGUCUGACUAUUGGAUGUGCGUUACCGAAGCGUAUGUUGUGCGAAGCUUCUCUUAAGUUUUGGGCGAGGGAUGGCAACUACGCAGCACUGAACUGAAGCAAGAUCCCUUGGAAUCGCGUGUGCGACUGCGAUGUGCACGUGAACGCGUCGACGCGUUGGUUGAGCAUCGAUUGUAUUGCUCUCUCUCUCUCCCUCAACGAAACGGUAUAAGUAAGCUACUACUAUUAAACACACCAGCACACACCGACACACCAGCACACCCCGAGCAGGAUGAUGAUCACCUGUGAGGACCCCUCACGAUCACAGACGGGCAGUGCGGCGUGGAGGACAAUGUGGUAUAAGAAGCACUGAUUUAGUUUGUAAAGUUGUAAGAACAAACUCAAAGCCGGAGCAGGGGUAAGAGCGUUGCAGGGGAAGUACACCAAGACACAGAGUGGAAGGAGGGGGAUGCUCACGAGCCAGUAGCUUGUAAGGAUGUGUAUAUUUGAUAAGGAUCGAUUACGGUAGCGCCAAUUCUUUUUUUUUUCGUAUAAGGUCCCCAAUAUAAAGAAAAACAAAUGUAGGCAAAUGCGACGGUUAAGGUAGGAGCGAUUUGGAAGCGCGAUAAAGAGAGAGGGGGGGAGAGAGGGAGAGAGGGAGAGAGAGAGGGGGAGAGAAGGAGAGAGAAAGAGAGAGACACGUACAGAAAUAGAAGAAAAGAAACGAUUUUGGUUUUGUUUUAGUUUUGUUUUUUUUAUCCUAAGUUUAUAUCACUUUUACUAUUUUAAGCUAAGGCGUAUUGAUGACGUUUAUUUAGGUACACUUGGUUUGUGCUUACAUCUGCCAGGUACAGAUGUAAGUUGAAAGGAUUUUUUGUUCAACAAUUGUUUUACAGAUUUCCUUUAUUAUAUUAGCUUCAUUUCUACUUAAUUUCCACUUUUAAUAUUUUUUAUUGCGUUUCUCUUCUUUCUUUUUCCGCUUUUCGUUUCAUACUUUGGUUUGCGGCACACGCUUGCAGACGUUCUUCGCCGGGCCAAACGCGGGCAAAAUGUUCGGGAAAGGUAUGGCAUAAUGAGGGCAAAUAAUGGCUGACGCCUAGCCUCGAUCGAAUAUAGACGACACAUACUAAUACAGAAAUAAGCAUAUAUUACGCUUCGAACCAAGGUGAGGGGUGAACGAUUCGUGUAACAGAAAUUAUUAUUACACUUGCAACUCUAGAGGAACAUUACGAGCAGCACAUGGAACGGGACGGGACGGAAGUAAUGCAGAGAAGUACCAUGAAUAGAAAGCUAAGUAUGUGUUUAUAUGCAAUGUAUGUUAAAGAAAAUUUGCUCGUAUAACAAUGGAGCACUUACGUAGAGGAAGUGGAGCAUAAAGGUGAACAAUUUGCGUUUGUGCGGAAGUAUUCAGGUAUAUAGAGAGCGAUGGUUUCGCUGUGUCUACUUCGUGAUUAUCAUUAUGGCGAGAAGAACCUCCCGAGUAGGACACGCACAUCCUUCCCAAUCCACACAAGGCAUACACAGUUGUUGGCUUUAACCGUAGUUUGUGCUACCGUACUUAAUCGGUGUAAAUGUAUAAAACAAAAACAGCUGGGACUAAAACAUUUUUGUAAAAGUGUGCCCGAACACGCACAGGACGACACCUUCUUCUAAAUGCAGGUCAUUUAGCAAAGGGUGACUCCCGUGACGCAUACAGCAUACACGUAUAAAAAUAUCGAAGAACUUCCCACAUCAAAAUGUGUGUUAUUGAAACAGACACAAAAGAAAGGGUUAAAAAUCGUUUACAUACUCCAGAAGCAAACAGUGGACCCGUCAUCCUAUACACGCCCCAGUACCAGAAAGAUGCAUUUGACCUCGUAUUAUCGUCGUCCUCUAUACGUUGAAGGGCACGAACGGGAGAAGGAGGAGGUUAGCGAAAGCAGCAAACAUACAAUAAUUAAUGUUUAAGAAACGGAGCAGAGCAUUUACAGGGUAGCCCGAAGUAUUUUUGUUACACUUUCCAAUGACUUUUUGCCAAUUUGUCAGCUAUUCUUGAAUCUGUCCUACUGUGUUUGCCAGUUCUCCAUAUGUCUUUGAAUGGUAACCGCCGAAAAAGUGUGUGACAAAUUCAAAUAUAUAUGAGAAAACGGUCAAAACCUGUGGCACGAAUUCAAAACUUUUUUAGAAAGUGUUCAACAAAAAACUUCGAGAUACUCUGUACUAGUAACACACGGUAAUAAACAAGUAAUAUAAAGAGAAGUGUAUCGUAACCGUGUCACCAUUACUAAUCACUUUCUGGUGUGAAGUUAUUGAAACGAAAAAAAAAUUAUAAAUCCUCCAAACUGUGUGUUUGUGUGCGUGUGUGAUAUCGUCGUUUGGUUUGAGUGAUAAAUAUGAAUGAACUCGUAAAGUAACUGCAUGAAAGAAUAUAUACAAGAUAGCUCGACACUGGAAACAGCAGCAUUACUGUAGCCAAACAAGCAUUAUACAGUGUUGUUCUUGCACACACACACACAACAAAAUUGUAACCUGCAAGCGUGUACGUGUAAUCAGCAAACAAGCAAACAGUUAAUAUUAUUAUAGUGGAAAUCAUCACCAAAGGCUAGCUAUAACAAGCCGAGAUGAUUAUCCUCCAGUCGUGAAACAGUCUUUGCCAAAACCAGGAGAGCGCUCACAUCGUAAACGUUGCUCGGAUAUCUAUAUAUACACAUAUGUUACUGCUGGCGUAGACACAAACAUGCUACUAAGGCCCUUCUAGACUUCUUCCUCUGAAAGGUAGAUUGCUUGUGCGCUUUCGGUAAUGUGGUAGAGUAAUGUGUUUAAGGCGCUAUAUUGUUCAACUAGGAAAAAGGCGUCACGAUCAUGAACUCUCGAAAGUGUUAGGUUUUUUUUUAUUAUUUUCAAAUAAUUUUCUGAAGCAAUCGAACAAUCUACUCACACUCAAAUCAUUUCCAUCCGCGACUCAAGCACACCCUUUGGUGCAACUACAAUCACCAAUAACCAGACCAGCAAACAUACACAGAGAGAGCAAGCUUUUCUGUUGUAUUAGAGAAUAAAUAAACCCAUUUUGACCGACACAAACCCCAACCGGCCAACAGGAGAGGAAGCAAACAGAAAUGGAACACUUUCGGUUUCAGCAAACAACCAAAGCAGCCAGCCAACCAGCCAGCCAACCAGCCAGGUUAGUGGACACACAGGUUUACAGUGAAACAUUCGUAGGGAAACUAGCACUUUAGUGGGAUGUGAGGACAUUAAUAAGUAAUAAGGAGUAGUUACAAUCCCCAACCCCCAUAUACCCCCCUCCGAUCUCUCGUUGAUUGGGGUGGCGCAAUAUAAUUAUACAGAAGGCAUGCAAGUAAAGCACCGAAACGAAAUGAUGAGUUUCAGACUUCUUCCACCAGACGCGAUUGUUGGGAAGAGGGAGUUUUGCGUUAAAGUUGGAAAAAUUGUAGCUGUAAGACGUGAUCUGUCAGCAGUAAGAGCAUGCCAUUGGACAACCAGGUUCAUUAUUAUUGGCCUGUAUUACUACUACCACUACCACUACCACUUGUACUAGUAUUGUAAAUAAGAAAUUGUGAUUGUUGAUCAUGAUGCUGUAAGGGAACAUGAUCCAGCAGUAGUGACGGAACGGAACAAGCAUAUUGUUCAAUAUAAAUACACAGACCUCUCUGUAUAAAGUGAAAUCCAAUUUCGGAUCCCCAGCAUCAGGAAGAAGCAGCAGCAACAGUAAUGGUUCAGCAAAGAAGGAAAGGCUGUUACGAAAGGAAGGCAAUUUUAUAUGCAUGAUUUGUAAAACUGGGUUUUGGUGUGAAGCAUUUGGAAAACACGAGUAUUCAUAAGCAAACAUAACGAACUCGGGAAAAUGGAGAGAAUAAAAGGACGACACGAACGCACCUCGGCUAACAGUCAUGACAGGCCAACGAAAAACUCAAGCAAAUUUGAAACAAAACACAGAGACGCACACACACAUUUGUAUUCGCAUCCGGUUUUGGAAAAAUAAAAUCCGUAUCAGUGUAUAUAUUUGUAUAGUGAGACAUAGUGAUAUAGCUGGGAAGCUGAUGAAGCUGUGGCAUUAAAAGCGAAAAAACCCAGUGGAAAAAAAUCAUAUUUGGAAAAAAAGCCGAGAUGGAUGCAGGAAUACGCAUAAUACACGGGGCACACUAGUAAUCACUCACAUACUCACACGUAAACACAGUCGAAAAUGCCGUAUUCGUAUGUAUCAAAACACACACACACACAACACACAAACACAAUA